GAAUGGUUUAACCAGAAUCAGUGAACUCACUUCCAGAGAAAAAGCUAUUAUGGAUCAGGUCCAGAUAGAGUGCUAUAAAAGAACAGAAAAAUCCAGCUUCUUCAGACUUCAGUCGAAGACAUUACCAGACGACUUCAUUUCUUAACACACCAUAGAGUGCUCAGAAACUACAGACAUGGCAUCACAAACCAUUGAACUGGCAGCCCUAGGAAGACCUCUGUAUCCUGGUAUGCUGUAUGACUGCCGCAAGGAUUCCUUCAUUCCAGGUGUUACUUUGUGGGAUAAGAAAUCACUGAGGGAAGAUUUGGACAGUCGCCCGCAGCUGAUGACAGAUUUGAAGUUCAGUAGCUCUGACUCUCUAUCUAGUAAGUCCAAUCUCCUCAGUGUAAGUGCUUCCCUGAAGGCAAGCUUUUUGGGGGGGCUGGUGGAGGUGGGAGGAUCUGCCAAGUUCCUGAAUGACACCAAAUCUUCCAAUCAGCAGUCCAGAGUAACAAUGCAUUACAGUGAAACCUCAAGAUUCGAUCAACUCACUAUGACUCAGCUGGGAAAGAUCACCUACGCUCAGGUAUUCGACCAGAAAACUGCAACUCAUGUGGUCACGGCUGUGCUGUACGGAGCUCAUGCCUUCAUGGUGUUUGAACGCUCAUUUGCAGAAAAUGAAAACAAGCAGGACAUUGAGGGAGAACUAAAUGUCAUGGUGAAGAAGAUCCCUGGAUUUUCCAUUGAGGGAAAAGGAGCUUUAAAAAUGACAGAUGAGGAUAAUAAAAAGGCUGAGACUAUCACCUGCAUAUUUCAUGGUGAUGUCCACCUGGAGCAGACUCCCACCACAUACUUAGAGGCCAUAGAGGUGUACAAGAACCUCCCCAAUCUGCUGAAGAAAAAUCCACAGAAUGCAGUGCCAAUAAAAGUCUGGCUCUAUCCUCUUUGUCUGCUGGAUACAAAAGCAGCUCGGUUGGAGAGAGAAAUCAGCACACGUUUCAUUUCCAACACUGAAGAUAUGAUGGAGGGGCUGAGGGAUGUAGAGAGGACAUGCACUGACCUGUCUAGAAGAACAGAGGUGAAUGUUUUCAGUGACGUCAAAAAAAGGCUGCGCUUAUUUCAGGAUUCAUUUAGCAUUUACACAAUAGUACUCCACAAAGCACUGGCCAGAUACUUGCCUGCCAUUCGUGAAGGAAGUGUGGAGGAACAAUCUCUGGAAGACAUUCUGAUGAUACACAGCAGCUCCCCUUUUAAUGCUGACUUACUUAACCAAUGGUUAUCUGAUGCAAAGUCUGAACUUAACUUAUUGAAUAAUCCCAGCAAGACGCUGAAGGAGAUCAACACUGAAGAUUCAGACAGGCUCAAUGGCAUCCUUCUUGAUCCUGAUAUUAAAGCCGUAGUGUGCUUGACCUUCACAUCUUUAAAAUAUAAAGACCCAUAUCUUUCAACCCUGGCAGAGUUUGUGAAAUCUGAGAAGUUUACAAAGCUAGAUGAAAAAAGGAACCUGCUUUCUGUGGCAUCUGAUGUCAGAAAGUGGUUCCAAGAUCCUGAUGUCAUUGCAAAGAUGAGAGAGAACUUAUCAGUUUUCAAGACAUUUUCAAAGGCCAAUAAAAAUGAUAAGAGCAUCAGAUUCAUUAUUUCCGCCAUCUCCAAUCCCUCCAUUCCAGGCUCCUCCAUCUAUUUGUAUGAAAAUGGGAAGGUGGCAGACACAAAGUUCCAGCCAGUGUCCAAGCCACCCACACCAAUAGUAAAGAAUGUCCUCGCACAAACCAUUUCCCUGAAACUGCAGAAAUCCCCAACUGGAGAAACAGUGAAGUACAGAGUGGAGUACCAGCAGGUAAAAGCAGGUUCUGGAGCUGAGGAGCAGUGGCUUUUCAUAGACACAGCUGAUCAAGACUUCACACUGACUGAAUUGGUACCUGGGAAGCAGUACUUGAUCCGCUACAGGAUAGUGGGUAAAGUGGGAGUGAGUGAAGCCAGCGAUACUGUCAGCCCUACACUCUCUUCAAUCAACAACUGGAACAGGAGCGACUUCCUAAAAUAUGCCUGUUCUUUCACACUGGAUCCAAACACUGCAAAUAAUAAACUUGUUCUGUCUGAGGGGAACAAAAAAGUGACACGUGCGAACGAGAGAAAACCAUACCCUGAUCAUCGGGACAGAUUUGAUUACUGGGAGCAGCUGUUGAGUAGAGAGAGUGUGAGUGGACGCUGUUACUGGGAGCUGGAGUGGAGCGGAGAAGCGGAUAUAGCACUCUCAUACAAGAACAUCAGCAAGAAGGGAGACAGAACUGACUGUUUGUUAGGACGUAAUGAUAAGUCCUGGAGUUUCAUCUGCACUCCUGGCGAAUACUACUUCAGACACAAUAACGUACAGAAUGUUCUCCCUGUGAAGCCCACCAAGAGUAAAAUAGGAGUGUAUGUAGAUUACAAAGCAGGAACUCUGUCGUUCUACGGGGUCUCUGACACAAUGAGCCUCAUUCACUCAGUCCAGGCCACAUUCACUCAGCCGCUCUAUGCUGGGUUUUGGAUUGGUAAUGGAUCAUCAGUGAAACUGUGCGGAUAAAUCAGAAUAUCAGAAUAGCCUGAGAGAUUCUUCCCAUAAUGCUUUGAGCUGCAUCAUAAAUCAGUAACAGUGUCUGUAUCCAAAACUGCCCUCUAUACUUUUAUUCAUCUUUGAGAUUCUCUAGCUGUUGAGUGUACUCAUUAUUUCCAUCCACUAUGGUUUUCAGACACCACUAAAAAUGGCUGCCCCCUCAAAUAGUGCACUAUUAAUAGUAUAUAUUAAUACUGUGUCAGUCAAAUAACAUAAAUCAGAAUAAAUGUGCAUCAGAAAUCCUUAUACACGGUAAAUAAUUCGCUUAGACAAUAUUCAUAAUAUCAUUUGAUUUUUCUCUAUUGUUUUUUUGCACAAAUUAUAAAACAGAAAUUAUCUUGAGAUCAGACUUUAAUUGAUUAACAUGUAAUAACUAUUGCUAGUUUAUUUGCUGCAAAGAUGCUUUGAAUCAAUCUGUACUGUACAAAGCACCGAAUAAAUAAAUCUGAUGAAUGUGAAAUGUCUGAAUUUUUAUUAAACAUAAAUAUAAAAGAUUCCUCACAGUUGCAGAGCGCAACUGGCAUCGCCCUGCAAUGGACAAGGAGCACCUGGCCGCACCCAUCACAGGCUGAUCGGUCACACCUGCAAGCCCCACUAUAUAAGUCACAUGAGCUUACAUUUUAUUUUUGGAGCUCUCCUUGUUGUGUGAUCCUUCACCCCAUGACACUGGUGGAGAAUGCAGGCACAAGAGUGAAGAAUCAUAGACGUGUGACCUCUCACCACUUUUUUUUUGUUUUC